AUGUUAGAUAUGUUGAUACAGAUCCAGUUAAUCAUCAGAACUGGAGAAAUGAAGCUGAAAUCAAAGAAGCAAGAUUUCAAAACUACUAAGAAUGAGUGGUAUGUGAAAGAAACUGGAAGAAGACGUAGAAAGGCAACUCCUAUUGUUCGAGAAGGUGAAGGAUCUUCUUUGCAGCCAAAGAAGAAACAAAAGAAAGCUGCUCAAACAUUGGUAAUAGAUGAACCUGAAGAAGAUAAUCCUGUGGUCGCUGUGGAAAAAGAACAAGUUGUAACUGGUGAAGAUGAUCCGUUUAAUGUUGAUAUGUUGUUUGAUACAGAUGUCUUAGAAACAGGACCUUCUGUUGAGGUGGAAGCUGAGCAGGUAGCAAAUGUUGAAGCUCAGAAAGGCAAAGGAAAAGUAAUUGAUGAUAUUGAGGGUGACGAUGUGGAUAAAGAUACAACAAGUUCCUCAAGUUCUUCAGAUGAAAAGGUUGUAGAUGAAACUGAACGUCGAAAAAGAAUUCAAGAGGAGAUAGAAAAAGAAAAGUUGUUAAGAAAGAGAAAGAGACAGGAAAAGGACGAUGAUGUAAUCGUUGUUAAAUCAAUAAAACAGUGGAUUAAAGUGAAUCUGGAUGACGUUGGAGAUUUUGAUUUUGCCAACACUUCACAAUUAAGGAAUGCUGAAAAGAAAGUUGAUGAAGUUGUUGCUGAGAACAAGAAGCUUGCAGCUGAAAACAAGAAAGUGUCUGAUAGAGAGAAAAUUUUAGAAAUGCGUGUGAAGAAGCUGGAGAGUGAUAACAAAGAGUUGGUGAAAAAGAUUGACUCUGAUCAAUCAGAAAUUGAUAUCUUGAAGGUUAGAGUUGCUGAACUUGAAGAAGAGAAGACAAGACGUGAUGAACAGAAUGAAUACUUCAAGUUGAAGAACAAAGAACUUGAGGCGGCUAAAAAAUCAACAGAUCAUGAGUUCUAUAUGUUGAGCAAAGUCGUUGAAAGAAUGCUUGGAACAUCAGUAGAACAAAAAUUUGAAGAACUGCAAGUUGAGGAGAUCAGGGCACAACGCCAAGCAGAAAUGGAUAAACAAAUGCAAGAUAAAGGUAAGGGUGUUAAAGGAAGUUCUGUAGUGUUAGAGAGAUCAAUAGUACCUUCUAUGGUGGUUGAUAAUCCCGAGCCUAUUUCUGCUAUUUCUGGUCUAUUUGAAGAUGAUACUCCUAUGAAUGAGUUGAUUGGAGAUAGUGAUGAAGAUGAUGAAGAGGAGGAUGAAGAGGAAGAUGAAAAAGAUGAGAAAGUGUUUUCUGCUAGCUGUCAUGGUUCUGAUGAUGAUGAUGACGACGCUGCAGGUGGUACAAGUUUGAAAGUUACAGAAGCUUCCACUGAGAAAACAGUUGAUGAUCUGAUGAAUGAUUCGGUAAAUGAAGAAUCAGGGGAAGCAAGUGGAAAGGGUGAGUCUAGUAAAACUCAGAUUGUUGAACAUACUGAGUAG